AUGCCCUCAGCAGAGCAAGAACUCUCUCCGCUUCCCAUCCGAAGUUCAAUCAUUCAAAGUGUAAUAUCUGAAGCACGAAGUAUGGUGGAGAAUGGUUCCACUGUAAUUGCUGCAACAACAAACAGAGCAAGUAUUUUAAAGCCUUCAAGACCGUUUACUCCGAGAGAUAAUGAACGAAGGCUAUUCGUUGAGAAUGAAUAUGCCACUCGACCCACUUCAGCAUUUAGUAGUUCUAAUUUUGAUUUUUCGUAUAGAAAAACUUCAUCCUCUUCGGGAACGCGUGAUGAAACCAAUCAAGAUUCGAAUAAUUCCUCUCGAAGUAACACUUCUUCAUCAGGAGGGACGAGGAAAAAGAAGCCCUCCUCUUCAGGAUCCAAACGAACUGGAAGUAGCAAGAGUAGUAGUCGUAGUAAUGAAUGCAAAGAAGAGGAAGUUUCAGAAACUGUGACCUAUGACAAAAUAUGGCAUUCUAUUGACUCGAUCGUUACAUCUCUUGAAACGCUGAAUGAAGAGCAAUUAUUGGAUACAAUGGACUCACUGCACUUGUUGAUAGAAAAGUUACAACCAACACCAAAAGAUGAUGAAAGAAAAGGAGUAUUAGUGUCCAAGCUCUCUAAAUUCUUGGACAUUGGUAAUGCAGAACUGACCGUCAAGAUUUGUUCAAUAAUUUUAACAGUCACUCGAAUAGGACAGCAUAUUCUGCAAAUAUGUAAAAUAAUGUUCAAGAUUAGCAAACAAGAAAAGUAUGACAAGUUAUUCAAAGACGACAAGAUAAUACUACCAAUCCUUCACUUGCUGAAUCAAGAGUUUACAACUGAAAGUUAUCACGUGAGCUGGGAAAUUUUACUCUUUACUAUUGGAACGUUAAAAAAUAUUUCCUAUGAUAGUAACAAUCAGAAAACUCUCGUGAAACAUCAUAUUGUCUCUCAAUUAUCAUUGUUAAUGUCCUCUGCACUUCGAGAACUCAAAACAGGAGGUGUUGAGAAAGUGAACAAGCAAGCACAGUUGCUUGUACAAAUUUUGGCAACUCUCAGAAAUUUAGCCACUCGAUCAAGCACGUUCAAGCAAUUCUUGGAAUACAAUGUCAUUGACAAUAUCCACAUUUUAAUGAAUGCUCUCAUGUCGCAUUCCGAGUUUAUCCACAAUGCCACACGAGUGCUGAGCAAACUUUCACUCGAUGAUACUUGUGUGGAUGAAAUGAGAAGGAUUGAAAAUUUAAAAUCAUGUCUUGUCAAUGUAUUAAGAGAACAUCGAAAACACAUGCCAAUCGUAGUGAGAGUAACAUUCAUUCUUGGUAAUUUAACAUUUGAGAAUUACUCGGGUCAAGAAAAAUUCAAUGAAAAGACAGAAAUACCCUUCCUAUUAGAUUUAUUAGAUUUAUACUCUCUAGAAGAUGAUAAACCAAGUAAGGAAAAUGUCAAGAAAGAGACUGAAGAUUUACUGACCAAAUUGAUACGACUCAUUGCCAAUAUAUCCAUGGAUGAAAAGCAAGGAAAACUCAUUGCUCAAUCCAAACCAACCGUUCGACUUUUAGAAAUUAUUGAAAAAAAGAAAGUACAAGACUGUGAAGAAUUAAUUCUCAAUACGUUACGAUGCAUUACUAAUUUAUCCUUUUAUGCCUUUAGUAUUCCCAGUGCUCCUCUAUUUAUUCACAAACUCAAAUUAGCAUCACUUCUCUCAUCUCUUUUAUUUCAUGACCAUAAUGACGUUGUGUAUGAAGCAACACGAAGUUUUGGAAAUCUUUCUCAAGAUGCACAAGUUCGAGAGUACAUGCACAAGUCACGAAUUGAUGAAGCCUUAAUCAUUAUGAUUGAGCAUGGUAAUUUGGAUAUUGUAUAUGCUGUGUGUGGAGUGUUAGUGAAUUUAUCGUCAGAUCCGAAUGGAACUCAUUUAGAAUUGUUAAAAGAGAGAGGAGCUAUUGAGAAAUUAAUUGACGUUCUCGAACGAUCAACAGUGGCACUUGCUCUUGUUGUAUUGAAGAUAUUCCACAAUAUUUGUUUAAAUGUUGAAUCCAAACAAACACUAUCGUCAUUAUAUACGAAAGAAGAAGUACAACAUUUGGACGCUCUACUUCAAUCCAUCAUUCAAGAUGACCAUGUGGAGCAAAUGACAGAAUAUGAUAUUUCCAUGGUGAGAGAUUUGACGAGUGUUGCCAAACAAUUAAUACAAUGUAUCAUUUCUAAAUAA